AUGAAUAUUUCGAUCUUGUUAAGGCAUUCUGGAUCAUGGGAAAGCGAUGUUAGAUACGAACGAUACAUAAGUGAUGGUAUAGUGGUUUGUGAAAAUAUUUCGUUUGUGAAUCUUAUUUCAGCCAUUAAAGCUGAAUUGGGUAUAGAUGAAUUCAAAAAAAACAUUGAGGUCAGAUACGUUGUUGAAGGAAAUUCGUCUCCAUUGUGUAUUCGGAAUGAUAUGGGGGUGAAAUUGUACAUAGAAAUUAAGAAACAUGAGGUGGGAUUCGGUAUGUAUCCUCUAUGCAUUGAUACCUCUGAUAAAAGUGAUGAAGAGAUACAAAAUUUCGAUGCAACAAUAGGUGCAAUCGUGUGUGUUGAGGGUGGAAAAAGCGACGCAAAGGCUCUAACCAUUGUUGAAUCAAAAAUUGGUGAUUCAUAUUACAUACCAGAAAUGGAGGUGAAGAAUUAUAUAUCAGAUACAAAUAUUUCUGUUGUUGAAGUGAAACAAAUGUACAAGGAUAAGGCAACUCUAAAGGCUGUAAUGGAAAAAUACAAAAUAAAGAAUAGCUUCAAUUUUAAGGUUAAAAGAUCUGAUAACAAAAGCUACGUAUUAGUAUGUUAUUCAGAUGAUUGUUGUUGGAAAUUGAAGGCCUCUGUUAGGAAAAAUUCAGACAUAUUCAAAGUUAGAUACUUUAAUAGUGAACAUAGAUGUCCAUUGAGGGAUAGGGUAUUAAGUAAGGUACAAGCUACUAUUGGGUUUGUUAGUGGUGUGACAGCUCCAAUAUUGGGGAAUCAUAAAAGGAAACAUACUCCCAACGAUAUAAUUACUGAUAUUAGGGCACUCUAUGGAGUUGAAAUUUCUUAUCAGCAAGCAUGGAGGUCUAAAGAGCGAGCAUUGGAAAUGAUCAGGGGAAAGCCUGCUGAUGGAUAUAAACAGCUGCCAAGAUACAUAUAUAUGCUGGAAACUGUGUAUCCAAAUUCACAUAUAAGGAUGCACAAGUCAGAAAAAAAUGAGUUUAUGUAUCUAUUCAUAUCAUUAAGGCCAAUGAUGAGAGGGUUUGAAUUCUGUAGGCCUGUUGUUGUUGUUGAUGCUUCACAUCUUAGCGGAGCUUACCGAGGGACAUUUGUAUCGGCAAGUACGCUCGAUGGGGCAGGUUGCAUAUUGCCUUUAGCUUAUGGAAUUGUUGAUACGGAAAAUGAUUGUUCAUGA